AAAAAGAUUUGGCAUUUCAAUACGAAUAUUUCGAAUUAUUAGAAUUAAAUAUAUAUAAUAUACCAACUCAAAAGCAAAUUUAUCAAUUCAUAAUCCAUUUAAUUAUAUUGAUGUCGAAACACAAACAGAAAAUUUCAUAUUUAAUUGGUUUAAUGCAUGGACGUCUCGUAAGACAUGUCAGUCUUAUUGAUAAUGAUGUAAUUUGAAAAGUUUUAGUCAAUACAAAAUGCAUAUCUCUGGCUGUUAAAAUUAAAACAUAUGUAAUAUACUAUUUAAAAAGUAAACUAGUAUUUUUUGGAAUUCACAAGGAGCACUAUACUUCUGUUUUGUAGUACCGAAACAAAGUUUGUGUGUUAAAUAAAUUAAAAAUCUAACAAUAGGGAUUUUUUUAAAUGAAGAAAAAAACAACAUUAUAUGAUAUCUGAAGCAAAUUAAAAUAUGGCUGAAACGAACAAAAGGAUCGAAAAGAGUCUUCCUUUUAUCAAGGAUAACCUAACUCACGUUGAUUCUGUUGUUGACAAGUUGAUUGAAUUUGGCGUUAUACCAUUGAAAGAGCGCGAUUCUAUUGUAUCUAAACCUUUAGAAAGAGAUCAGAUCCAAAGUAUACUGGAUGUCGUUACAAGAAAAAAAAAGGGAGAUGCUUUUUUGUCAGCAUUAGUGGAGACGAAAAACGAGCAUGUGGCUGACACAAUAAAAUCCGUUAAACUAUCUGAAGAAAAGGAAACGAUUGACAGAUCUCGAACAUACAUAAAAGAUCGAAAUAAUGAAGACGAUGCUGAAACGUAUGAUAAAGCGGAAAAGGAGCUUAAGAACAUGAAAAAGAGAAUGACCAUCUGAAAACUCUUCAGAAGAAACUAAGGAAGGAAUUGGAAGAUAAGGGACGUCGACUGCGAGAAUUAAACAAAGUAGCCAUCGAAAGCCAGAAUAAAUGUAAACAACUUGAAGACCAAACUGAAGAUCAGAAAAAGUUAUUGAAUGUAAAGGAAGAACAAGUUCUGACAUUAACAGAUGAGUGUGGAAAACUAAAGAAACAAAUAGAUCAAGUGGAACAAAACUUGAAAGAAAAAGACGAGAAAAUAGACACUUUAAGUAAAAACUUGAACGACGUUUUCAAAGAAUUACAGAAUCAAACUGAAAUUACAAAAAACAUUUUACGUGACAAUGAACAGCAUAAAAUAGAAGUUUCUGAAAUGAAAGAGGGAAACCAGGAACUAAAAAAAUUGUGUUCCAGUAUAUAUGAAGAACUCAUUUCGAAAAAAUCAGAGAGAAAACCAGAUGUUUCCAAUAACCGACCUGUACCGCAAUGGCGAACAGGAACGAAAGGUACACCAAGAAACUGUAAACAAUGAAAUGAUUGAAAGCUAUGACAAAACGACUUUAAAUUCUAUAUUUUCGAACGAUUCGAUUUAUAUAACCAUAGUUUGAAGCUUAACAAAAUAAACGAUCAUUUCAUUAUA